UGCAUGUGUGUUUUAGUUCUAUUUGAUGUUUUACAUAGUAAAUUGUUUUUCCCAUUUCCAAAUAACAUGUGAGCAGAGCAAAAAUGGAAGGUCCAUCCCCAUCAUCAAAGGCAAAACAAAGUUGUGAUUCUGCAGAUGCGGUUAAUGAUGUGAAGAAUGCAGGGAAUGCAAAGAAGAUUUUCUCAACAAAAUUGAGUUUACCCAAGUUCAUAGCUAUAUCAAAACUGCUUACACCCGACCAGAAAAGCCUAGUGGAUAGCAUGGGGUUUUCCCACCUGCUCGACCUUUGUUGUGAGUCAGUCCCCAGAGGAAUCAGCAUAUGGCUUGCAAAACAUUUUGAUGUAAAGUCUAGAACUCUUAUCUUACCAAAUGGUUCCAGAAUAGUCAUAACUCCACUUUUUGUUCAUCGUGUCCUGGGAAUUCCUAUUGGUGGCAAAGCUGUAUCAAAGAGGUGCGAGGACUCUGUAAAGAGUUGGAUCUGCCAAGAAACAAAAUGCAAAGGCAGCAACCCAACUAUUAAUGAGCUCAAGGCUCUUUUCACACCCCAGCUCAGUGGCGGGAAAUUCAAGAUAAUAUACUUUGAGCUUCUAGACGUACCAAUUACCAGGGAAUAUCAACACAUAUCACUACUCAAGUUCUGGUCAACCGAUAUGAUUAAAGCAUUCGAAACCCUUGAUGCUGAAGAUGACGAGCACUCUGUAUUUGGCCGACUGCCGGUUCUCUUUUUUAAUAUAAAUGCAGAUGAAAGAUUUGAGCAAAACCAUUUUCUGGGAAAGCACUGUAGAUGAUUCUAUUCUAUCAAAAUCAACCAGUACAUGCGCAGCACCACACUCUGAGUCUGCACACAUGGAAGCUAGUUACAGGGCUCAAGUUGCUGUAACAGUACAAGAUUUGCAGAGGGAUAUCAUGAAUGCAAUUCAACCGCUUUUAUCAGCCUACACUGAUAGAAUACACAGCUUGUGGGACUCUCUACAACAAGAAUCCAAAGUCUUCAACAAGCAUCCUAAUCCUGAUUUUAGGAAUGGCAGCAAUGCAUCAGAUGAAGUGAAUGUUGCUAAUUCAGUUGCUGCAGGGACAGCUCGUAUGCAUGGUCACACAUCUGUUCCAGUGGGAAGGAAUCAAGGACAUGCAGCAGCAACACUUUCUGAUUGUCACCUUACACAUGCAGAACAAAGCAAU